UCCCCACAAUCAUGUUCUGUUCAAGGCGUACCCUCCUCCAUGCCAUCCGCCUUGCACCACCCUUGUACCGCAUCCUCCCACCACGCCCACCAAUAAGCCCCCACAUCCAAACAAGAACCUACGCCAAAAAAAAGGGGAAACCCACCACCAAAGAACCCAUAUUGACACCGACUCCCGAUAUUGCAUUCAAUAUUGAAAAGUAUGCUUCUGAUAUGCACCGAGGCGUCACGCGGUUUAGAGAAGAUGUCGGGUCGAUCCGUCUCGGGAGGGCUGUACCUAGUUUAUUGGAUUCGGUUGUCGUGGCGCAUAAAUCGAGUCGUGUGGCCUUAUCUGCUAUUGCCCAAGUGAAUGUCAAGGAUGCGAAUACAUUGAUGGUGAUUGUCAAUGACGAGGAGCUCGUCCCUAUCGUCGAUAAAGCAAUCCGAAAUGCCGAUCUCGGACUCAACCCCCAAAAACACGACGCAACCGUCCUCCGUAUCCCCAUCCCAAAACUAACACAAGCCUACAAAGAUACACUAUUAAAACAAGCUGCACAAUUAGCGGAAAAGACGCGGAAUCAUGUACGGACUGUUCGUGCGGAUGCGAGAGCGGAAUUGAAGAAAUUGAAAAGUGUUCCGUCGGAUACGGUGCGGGGAUUGGAGAAACAGAUUCAAGUUGUUACUGACAAGUGUAUGGGUCAAGUUGAUGAGGCGUUGAGCGCCAAGCAGAAAGAGAUUGAGCGGGCGUAAAAAACAAUUAAACACCAUGAGCAUACCAUUGAUUAUUUAACAAAGAGCAUACAGUGACACUUUUUUACUUGUGUAAUGGCUGUUUCUUCUGUCCUGUUAUUCUUUCCCCUUUUUUUGGACUGUGCUGGGAUCACGACGACUUGGCCCGUAUUAUAAGGAUGAUACGAUAGCCAGCCAUGCAAAAGUAUAACCAAUGACUAUAGUUUACCAUUCAUGUAUGAUAAGAGAAACAGUCGUACCUCUAAUGUAUGCCAUAAUCAAGUAAAAACAAUA